AUGUCUAAGGCUGAUGAGAAGCGGGUAGACACGGUAGAAGCGGCGGACGCCGUCGAAGAUAAUGAGUUGCAACUUUCGGCGUCUUCCUCGGACGAAGGAGACGUUGCUGGGUUUUCUGGUAGCGAAUCUGAAGUAGAGUUGGAACAAGAGUCACAGUCGGGUCCUCACACGAUCAAGAAGCUUAGUACGAAUGUGAAAGUGUCUAGAAAGGACGCCGCCAAGGCUGCUGGUACAGCAGCGUCCCAUUCUACUAAACUUUCGGGCAUCGUCUACGUGAGCCGCCUGCCUAAAGGGUUCCACGAGCGAGAACUGGCUAAAUAUUUCUCACAAUUCGGUGACUUGAAAGAAGUGAGACUUGCACGCAACCGCAAGACGGGCAACAGUCGUCAUUACGGGUUCAUUCAGUUCGUGAACAAGGACGAUGCUCUCGUGGCCCAGGAAACUAUGAACAAUUAUCUGCUCAUGGGUCAUCUUCUGCAGGUCACUGCCUUGCCCAAGGGCAAAAAAAUCGAGAAGCUUUUCAAAUACAGAGGGAGAGCAUUCUCCGAGGCUCCUGUCAAGAAAACAACGUCUGACCUCAAGAAGAGGGCCGAAGAAAAGCAUCAAGACCGCAUUUCCAAAUUACAAGAGCAAGGAAUUAACUUCAAGUGGUGA